AUGUCGGAUCUCAAGGCAACGGUCUCCGAGACCAUAGACGGCUUCCACGUCGAGGGCUACGAGAAGAUCGAGUAUGACUUCACUUUCCUCGAUGGCGUCUUCGAGCCCCAGAACCCGCAGCUGGCGAAUCUCUAUGAGCGCUGGGGUCGCUGCUUGGCUGUCAUGGAUCGGAACAUCUAUGUUCUCUACGGUGAUCGGAUGCAGAAGUACUUUGAUCACCAUGGCCUGGAGUUGAAGAUUCACCAGACCAUGAUUGGCGAGAAGGCCAAGUCCCUGGAGACUUUUACCAGUAUUGUGGACUCGAUGACCGAUUUCGGCAUCAUUCGCAAGGAGCCUGUUCUAGUGGUGGGUGGAGGACUGGUCACCGAUGUUGCUGGAUUCGCCUGUGCGGCCUACCGCCGAAACACCAACUACAUCCGCAUCCCCACGACAGUCAUUGGCCUCAUCGAUGCCAGUGUCAGCAUCAAAGUCGCCGUCAACUACGGCAACUACAAGAACCGCCUCGGCGCCUACCAUGCCCCCAUGCACACCUUCCUCGACUUCGGCUUCCUCCGCACGCUGCCGGAAGCUCAGGUCCGCAACGGCUUCGCGGAGCUAAUCAAGAUCUCGAGCUGUGCGCACCUGCGCACGUUCGAUCUGCUCGACGAGUUCUGCGAGCGCUUGAUCGCAACCAAAUUCGGGCGCUCCACUGAUGACAAGGGUGAGGUGAAGAAGGCGGCGGAUGAGAUUAACCGUAACGGCAUCUACGAGAUGCUCAAGCUGGAGACCCCGAACUUGCAUGAGAUCGGACUGGACCGAGUCAUUGCGUAUGGACAUACUUGGUCACCGCUGCACGAGCUCACACCCCCCGUCCCCCUCCGCCACGGCCACGCCAUCUCCAUCGACAUGGCCUACUCCGCAACCCUCGCCAACAACCGCGGCCUCCUCAGCGAUGACGAGCACCGACGACUCCUGAACUUGUUCUCCCGUGCCGGUCUCUCCAUGGACCACGACCUGUUCAACGAGGAGAUCCUCGACAAGGCCACACAGGCCAUCCUCAAGACCCGGGAUGGCUUGCUGCGCGCGGCCGUGCCCAGCCCCCUCGGCAGCUGCAAGUUCCUCAACGACGUCACCAAUGAAGAGAUGUUCGCGGCGCUGCGCCGCCACAAGAAGCUCAUGAAGGAGUACCCGCGUGUGGGCGCGGGUGUUGAGGCCUACGUCGAUGCGAGCGACACGGGAUACACGAUCAACAAUAAGCCGGUGGACCCACAGACGCAUGCGCAGAAAUUGGUCACGGGUAUCGAUGGGAAGGAGAAGAAGAGUGUCUUUAGCGAUGGGAUUUUGAACGGGUUCAGGGAGAUUGCCGUCAAUGGCUAUCCGAAUGGCUUGCGCAACUAG